AUGUCGUGGGCAAGGUUUAGGGCCUUGUAUGAGUGCCUCAAUAAUUGUAAACUUAUCGACCUUGAGUUUGUGAGACCAAGAUUCACAUGGUCAAAUCAUAGAGGGAUUAGGGAUCUAAUUCAAGAAUGCAUUGACAUGGCUUUCACAAACACCUCGUGGUGUCUUAACUUCCCAGAGGCUUGUGUUAAACAUGUGGUUAAAACACACUCGAAUCACUGUCUUAUCCUGAUUAAGUUCAAGGAAGUGACAUUGAAGCAUGGUCCUAAACCUUUUCGUCUACAAAAAAUGUGGUUUGACCACAAAGAGUUCAUGCUGCUGGUCCAGUAUAGUUGGAAUCAAGAAAACGGUUCUUUAGCUUCCAUUGUCGAUAUCCUUAGGAAAACUAUUCAGGAAUGGAAUAAAAAUUCCUAUGGAAACGUGUUCACGAGGAAAAUGAGUAUACUGGCAAGGCUAAAAGGAAUCGAAAAAGCCUUGAAGCUUCUCAAGACUGACGGGGUUAUAUGGGCUCCGAAAUCCAGGGUAAGUUGGCUCACUGACGAUGAUGAAAACAUAAGACAGAAAGAAGUUGACGGUAUGAGGAUGGGCCAAGACAAAUCGUUCAACUCUCAUAGCAGGACAAAGAGGAAUUCCAUAAACUAG